CUAAUGUUGUGUUACCUAAGCUCAGUUAUGCUCAAACUGUUGCACCUCACUCCGCUCCUGUUCCCGCUUUGGGUAAUAUGACUGCAAAACUCCCAGACAGAAAUGUGAUAAUGCACAGAGACACUCCUGCCAUCAGUAUGCAAGCCAUUGGGCAAAGUUUUGGGGUUGAUCAGGCUACUUUGAACAAAUCUAGGCCCCAUGUUGCAAGGGUCAGGGUGGAAUUGGACUUAAUGCAGCCUCUUAUUCAAAAGGUCUUUAUUGGAACUUCAAUGACUCCUGGAAGGGAGGAUGAGGGGUUUUAUCAAUCUAUAGAAUAUGAAAGAAUCCCUUUCUACUGUUCCAAAUGUCUUAAACAAGGUCACUCAGCUGAUAAAUGUAAAUUGGGGGAAGAACAGCAUAUUAGGGCAGAGAAGAUCAGAAAAGGCAAAUAUAUUAUGCUGGAAACCACAUCCAAGCCAGAUACGAGUAAAGCACCCUCUGUCCAAAUCCCACAAAACAUGAAGUAUGUCCCUAAAAUCCAAAAUGUCAAAAAUUCAGAGACAACAGCAACUGGAAACCAUUUUCCACAUCCAACGCCAGCACCUGGGCAGGAUACUUCUUUUCAAGUUGUACACAAAAAACACCACCAUCAGCAGAAAACUACUACCAAGACCUUGGGUCAUAAGGAAUCACAGCAACCUAAACAAUUUGCUCUAACUCCCACUAUUAGUAUUAUUCCCAAAAACCUCUCAAGUCAGCUCCCACAAUCAGCCCCUAAACCCCCUUUGGGCACACAGUCUAAUUCAUUUGGUAUCCUGGAACAUUUAUCUGAAGAUCAAACUGUUCUAAACCCCAAAGCUCUGGAAUUCCACCCUUCACAAAUUGCCCUUAGUGUUUUGCAACAGGUGGAACUGCAACCUGUUGAUCAGCAUGGAGUACAAUUUCCUGUCCUACCUAUACCCCACCCACCAGAACAAUUGAAGAGUGCUGAAAACACCUCAGCAAAUACUAUUCCAUCUAACAAAAGUGCUAUGUUGGAGGAACUUGACCCUGGUCCAAAAACUAUAGAGGAAGAUACUGAGGAGAUGUGGUNAUUCUCUACCAAACUACUUGCUACCAGAAAAGCUUUGAACAUUUGGAAUAAAGAGAGCAUUGCACAUACAGCCAUUAUACUACUGCCCAAGGUUGAGAGCCCCAAUACUUUUGCUGAUUUUAGACCUAUAAGUCUGUGCAACUUCAGCAGCAAGAUUAUUUCUAAAGUGCUAGCUUCAAGAUUGGCUGGUGUUCUUCCUCAUAUCAUCUCCCCUUCUCAAUCUGGUUUCAUCCAAGGGAGGUCUAUAACUAAAAAUAUUUUGCUAACUCAAGAACUCUGUCAUGGCAUGCAACUACAACACAGGGAUAUUGUUUUGAAACUUGAUAUGGCUAAGGCUUAUGACAGAGUUUCUUGGGCCUUUCUCAACAAAAUCCAGAGACAAAUGGGUUUUUGUGAACAAUGGAUUGACAUGGUGUUCAGAAUGGUCUCCAACAUAUGGUAUACUAUUCUUGUCAAUGGCAAAAGGGAAGGUUUCUUCACCUCCUCUAGGGGAUUGAGGCAGGGUGAUCCUUUAUCUCCAGGAAGAAGGAACUCUAUCCUCAAAAUUGUGGAGGAUCUGCAUCUCUAUGAGCACAUUUCGGGCCAAUUGACCAUGGUGGAUGCUUGCAGUGCCAAGUUGUGGUGGAAUUUUAGAACCGCUGUCACCUUAUGGACUCAAUUCAUGAAAGCCAAAUAUUGUCAAAGAGUUCACCCUGUUGCUAAGGUGUGGCAACAUGGUGAGUCCCACAUAUGGAAGAGGAUGGUCUUCAUUCGAAACCUUAUUGAACCUUACAUAUUUUGGAAGAUAUAUGAUGGAUCCUUGAGCUUCUGGUGGGAUAACUGGACAGGUCUUGGAGCUUUAGCUCGUAUUACCAACCAGGAGAAUGGGAGAUUUCUUCUUGCUCCUUUCAAAGAGUAUGUGGUGAAUAAUACUUUAAAUUUUGGUCGACUACAAAACCUCAUGGAUCCAGGUUUCUUUUUCCACUUUAAUGUGGAUCUGUCAGGGUUGGGGACUAACAAAUCUGAUAAAGCCAUUUGGAAGCCUAGGUCUAAUGGCCUCUUUACACUCAAGGCUGCUAAACAUUUCUUGGGGUGCAAUGGUUGGCUUUUCUGUUAUCUUGCUGUACUUAUACAGCACAUAUCUUCCUAUCUUUCGGCGGAUAUGGAGAACUUGGAUAUUGGGUGCGCUCAAUUUCCUUUUCCUAUCAGCUAGGGGAUAGUGUUUGCUUUCUGUUAGGAGGUUUUUUAAACCAUUACUGGUUCUACUGGGGCUAAGG